GGCUUGGUCGUUAGCAAACCUUGCAAAAUUGGUUCUUCACCUUACGAAAAGUAGAUGGUGCUUGUAAGUUAAAACUUUCUCAGUCAGCAUGUGUCUUCAUACAAAUAAAGCGAAUCAUGUCAACCAUAACAAACAUCGCGCGCUUUUCGGACGUGACUGCAAUCAAAGCCGGUGAACUAUGAGACACGAAGAGACGUGUAUCUCCAGAAGACGGGGUUUCGGAGUGUCCUUUCCUUGCAUCCGCCCAAGCCACCUCCGCAGGAGCGGGGGAUCGACCGUGUGGAGCUACAGCGCUAAGGCCCGGCAUUGUCCUUGUUUCCUUCUGUCCGCAGGCAGCGCAUCGCAUUGUUUGCGCGCCUAUGCUGGCCUUGCAUUGAGUAGGUGUAGAGCUCGUGUUACUCACUUCCCACGCUGCAGUUCAAGGACUUGCCCAGCCUGCUAUUCUGGACGAGCUGCUGAGGAAGCUGCCCUUCGAGCACAUCAAGCACAUCAAUUGUCGUCAACCCGGAACCGGAGAGCCGGGCGUCAGGGCGCGCUAAGCAGGUGCUUCGAAAGGUACGGGGCGAGUAGCAGCCAACCGUGAGCGCUGUCGAUCUCGAACCAAGCCAGUUACGGGUAGCUUGCAGACGCAUUUGCUCGGCAAGCAGCCUUCACGACCGCGCACUUGACCUGAGCACAAGCUCGACGCGGGCUUGGAAAGCUCGUCCGAGCUGAUGAGCGGCGUGUCGUCGUCUCCUCUGAUCCAUGUAGGAGAGGGGUCUGAGUCGUGUCAAAC